ACCCAGAGGAAGUUAUAGUACUGUGAUUUAGUUCAGAACUUUUAAACUUUCAAUCAGAAUGGCAAAACUCAAACAUACAAGUUACAAGGUAGGUACCAAACUCAUUAAAUGUAAUAAUUCUUUCUAGUAGUAAUUUUAUUUUCACAUGUUCACUCCAAACUUGAUAAAUUAUCUUUUAAUCUAGUGUCUGGUAAAAUCAGGCUGAGUAGUUACAGUAUCAUUUCAUCUGCAUUUGUGUGACAUCCAGUGGCUGGAUGGGUCAAUCACAGGCACCAAUUUCUUACCAAAGGUAUAAAAACCAUUCGGAACACUAAAGAAAUAAAAGUACUGGCUAUUAAUGCUAACAGAGCAAUUGCUUAAUUUUAGUUUAAAAAUAAACAAAUGAUUAAAGAAGCUCCAGGGAGUGCCUUUUGGACCUGUACAUAUGUAACACAGUGCAGCCCUUAGAAUUCCCUGUGCCUGCCUCUGGAGUGAGCUCUCCUCCUCUAAGCUCCUGCUGGAACAACUCAUCACCCCUGUCAGAAAUGAGUAAUUUAUGUUUUCCUGUAUUGAAUUCUUAACUGCACCAUUGGUGUCAAGACUUGUAUUAAUUUUGUCUGGCACAGUACUGGGAUAAUUUUGGUUGAGACUUUUGAAAUACCAAAAAUAAUCCAGUAUAACAAGACUGAUAUGCCACUCAGUAUAGAAUUAUAUUUCCAAAAACCUGUUUAAAUUGAAAGCACUAGAACGCCAGUCUCAUGUCUGAAAUAGCUGCCUGACAUCAAGUUGUGCAAAGUAUGCCAAUGACAUGAGCCUAGUAUUGCUCUGAACACUGCAGGUUACCAAGCAGGUAAUGAGUAGUAACAGUUCUAUUUGUUGCAUAAGGGCACACACUCAUAUAAAAAUUAUUGUUGUCCCAGAACAUUUUCAGUAUGUUUUUAUAUUAAAACCAGCAUCUGUUAAUGCACAGAAUGAAAAAGGUGAGAAUGUGAGAGUUUCUCUGCUUUUCCAGUCUGCUUUUCGAGGUCCAUGAACCUGCUCUCUUUUUAAGAACACUAUUUUUUUUUUUUAAUUUUUUAUUUUUUAAAUCUCAUAAUACUUAACAAAGAAACCAAGCAUUGACACCUAGUGUCUGAAAUGACUUGAACAUAAUUUCAGGCUUAAUGUUUAUUACUGGUGAACUAUUACAAGGAUGUAGACAUAUUACUUUUGCCAACAAAUUUCCUAUAAAGAUAAAUCAGACACAGAGAAAAAUGACUGUACUGGCCUGAGUACUGCACACAAGGCAAAUGUUACCAGCAGAGACAGGAAAACAGCAGCUGUGCACCAUUCUUGGACACAAAGUCCUCAGGAGUCACGAGGUUAGUGCAGGAUCUGUUUUUUCAUGCCUGGUUCUGCUGACUGCAGAGUCGCUUAGUCAACGAUAAUGAUCAGAAUAUAAGUCCUCUCCUGAAGUUAGAGCAGUUUUUAUGGCCUUCCUAUGGCUAGGAAGAGCAGGCCAAAUAUGUCUGAAAUGUAUCUAGAAGAAAACAAAGAUCAGAUAUAUGAAAAUGCCCUUGCUGAGAUUGAGUCCUUUGAGCUGCCUCUUGGAACCACCCUAAGGUCUGUAUACGAUGACCAACCAAAUGCACAUCAGAGGUUUAUGGAAAAACUAGAUGCCUGCAUACGUAACCAUGACAGGGAGAUAGAGAAGAUGUGCAAUUUUCACCAUCAGGGCUUUGUGGAUGCUAUCACAGAACUUCUUAAAGUUAGAGCUGAUGCAGAAAAAUUAAAGGUCCAAGUUACUGAUACCAACCGAAGGCUUCAGGAUGCUGGGAAAGAGGUGAUAGCCCAAACAGAGGAAAUCAUCCGAUGUAGAGUUCAGCAAAGGAAUAUUACAACAGUUGUGGAAAAACUACAGUUGUGUCUUCCAGUGCUGGAAAUGUACAGCAAACUAAAAGAACAGAUGAAAGUGAAAAGAUAUUACUCUGCUUUGAAGACGAUGGAACAACUAGAAAAUCUGUAUCUUCCCAGAGUUAGCCAAUAUCGAUUUUGCCAAAUAAUGAUAGAAAAUCUUCCAAAACUACGUGAAGAAAUAAAAGAAAUUUCUAUGUCAGAUCUGAAGGAUUUCUUAGAGAGUAUUAGAAAGCAUUCUGACAGAAUUGGGGAAACUGCAAUGAAGCAGGCACAACAGCAGAAAACCUUUAGUACCACUCUUCAGAAGCAUAAUAAUGUCAACUACGGUCGGAAUAUGCAUUUAGGUAGAAGCAGAAUUUUGGAGUCUAAGAAUGAAAUGACAUUGAAGCGAACGCUUGAAGAAGAUGAUGAUCAUGAUGAAGAGGUUUUAACUGCUCAAGAUCUUGUGGAUUUUUCUCCAGUCUAUAGAUGUUUGCACAUCUACUCAGUUUUGGGUGAUGGAGAAAUAUUUGAAAAUUACUACAGAAAGCAAAGAAGGAAACAAGCGAGACUAGUUCUGCAGCCACAAUCAAGCAUGCAUGAAACAGUAGAAGGCUAUAGAAGAUACUUCAGUCAAAUUGUAGGUUUCUUUGUAGUAGAAGACCAUAUUUUACAUGUAACCCAAGGACUGGUAACUAGAACUUAUACUGAUGAACUCUGGAACAUGGCCCUUUCAAAGAUCAUUGCUGUUCUUAGAACACACUCGUCAUAUUGCAAUGAUCCUGACCUUGUUCUGGAACUGAAGAAUCUCAUUGUGGUAUUUGCUGAUACUUUACAGGGUUAUGGUUUUCCUGUGAAUCGACUCUUUGAUCUUUUAUUUGAGAUAAGAGACCAGUAUAAUGAAACACUUCUUAAAAAGUGGUCUGGAUUGUUCAGGGAUAUUUUUGAAGCAGAUAACUACAGCCCUAUUCCUGUAGCAAAUGAAGAGGAAUACAAAAUAGUUAUAAGCAAAUUUCCUUUUCAAGAUUCAGAACUUGAUAAGCAAUCCUUUCCAAAGAAGCUCCCAAUGUCUCAGUCAGUGCCUCAGAUAUAUAUCCAGGUUAAGGAAUUCAUUUAUGCAAGCCUUAAGUUUUCAGAAUCACUUCAUCGCAGCUCAACAGAAAUAGAUGACAUGCUUAGAAAAUCGACAAAUUUGCUGCUGACAAGAACUCUCAGUAGUUGUUUACAGAACCUAAUUAAGAAACCUCAUAUAGGCUUAACAGAGCUUGUUCAAAUCAUCAUAAACACAACACACCUGGAAUUAGCCUGUAAAUACCUUGAGGAUUUUAUCUCUAACAUCACAAACAUUUCGCAAGUGACUGUUCACACUGCGAGGCUGUAUGGACUUUCUACAUUUAAGGAUGCAAGGCAUGCUGCAGAAGGAGAAAUAUAUACAAAACUAAACCAAAAAAUAGAUGAAUUUAUUCAGAUCGCUGACUAUGACUGGACAAUGUCUGAAUCAGAUGGAAGAGCCAGUGGGUACUUAAUGGACCUCAUUAACUUCUUGAGAAGCACAUUUCAAGUUUUUACUCAUUUACCUAAUAACAACAAUGACCAUGCAGCUAUGUCGGGAAAAGUGGCCCAGACAGCUUGCAUGUCAGCCUGCCAGCAUCUUUCAACAUCUCUAAUGCAGAUGCUACUGGACACUGAAUUAAAACAAAUAAGCAUGGGAGCAAUUCAGCAGUUUAAUUUAGAUGUGAUACAGUGUGAAUUGUUUGCUAGUUCUGAGCCUGUGCCAGGAUUCCAGGGAGACACCCUGCAGUUAGCUUUCAUCGACCUCAGACAACUCUUGGACCUCUUCAUGGUGUGGGACUGGUCCACCUACCUGGCCGACUACGGGCAGGCCACCUCCAAGUACCUGCGGGUCAACCCCAGCACGGCCCUCACGCUCCUGGAGAAAGUGCACAGAGGAAUGAGAGACUCUAGCAAAAAGAACAACAUUUUUGCUCAGUUCAGGAAGAACGAUCGUGACAAGCAGAAGCUGAUUGAGACUGUGGUGAAGCAGCUCAGGAGCCUGGUGAAUGGCAUGUCCCAGCACACAUAGGCCUGCUGCUGCAGAACUGAUCCUUACCACACCAAGAGGUAUUUCAGAGCCACCCGUUCUGCCCAGCAGUGCUCUCAGUUGGGACAUUUGUUUGACUGGUAAAGGAAAAGCGCAGCCCACAGCAGAGAUGUGGGGCCCUCAGCAAAUGUUCUUUGUACGAAUUUUUAACGGAUCGAAAACUAUUUUGUAUAUUGUAAACAAAUGGUGAAAAAUGAGACUGUACAAUAAAACCAGCUCUAUCACAUUGAACAUGGGGCAGCUGAACUGUAAAUACAUUAUUUAUAAGUGUCUGCAGACAAGAUGUUUGCAGGGUUGCUCUGGGCAGGAAUUAUCUGAGAAGUGAUCCCUUAUGGCUGGUUUCAGGAUGAAUCCUAAUUUAAUGUGUUGGUUUUUUUGUUUUGCUUUCUUUUUUCUUUUUUUUUUUCUUUCUUUUUUUUUUUUUUAAGUGCUGAGAUCCCCGCAUUCAGGUACUGCCUGUCACUUUCCUGCAUUAAAUGUAUAGUAGCCUUAAGGUGAUUGGACAUCAUUUUAUCUACCGAAUUGUGUAGUCUGGAGGUAUGAGAAAAUCUUCUCAUUUUUGGUACCUUUAAGAACUCCCCAAGUGCUAGGCUUGGUAUUUAUUUAGUGUUAGGACUUCUAGGCUUUGUUCUCUGAAAGAGUUUAAUCUUGAGUUUCUGAUUGUAAAUAACCAUUUGAGUUCUUUAUAAUGUGACUUUCUGGGUUCUGUUCCUCAGGGUGACCAUUUCUAACCGUACUUUUUAAGAUCCUGGGCUCUCCCCAGGGCGCGGGUAGGGAAUAGAUUUGCCACUGUUGGUUCUGUGCUGCCUCUGUUGGUCCCAACGCCCCAUCCCAGCAUGGAGUGCCCCAGGCCACGCGCUGUGCAGUCACCUCCUGGCAAUUUUAGACAGGAGGAAAAUGUCUAACAGAUACAAACCAAAUGUAAAAAUAAUGUACAUUUCGCUGUAUUUUUAAGUUAUUGACCGUCUAAAUACAGUAAU